AGUUGGCCUCAAGUGCGCCUCCGCGGACGACCAGCAGACCUGGCCGUGCAGCUUGCCCCAAAGGAUUAAACACCUCUCGGAGCGCGCGAAUCUCAACCUGCCCUGGCGCUCGGGCCCGAGGCAGCGCGCCGUUCGUCUGGCCCUGACAGACUGAAACAUCGCAUUCCACGAACGGCCCCGAGAAGCAGUUGUUCGAGGCGGAAGCGUCCACUCCGGCUGUCCUUUUACCGCGAGUCAUGCUUCCGAGGCCCCGACGGAGUCAACCGGACCGAACGUGGGGCUUGGUGGCCCUGUCCCUCGUGCUUCUAGUGCCAGUGGCCCGUGGCCAGUGCCCCUGGUCUCGCGAGCUGGUGGACCUACACGCUGACUGCAUCUGUGCCUACAGCAGCGCCCAGAGACUUUCGAUCCAGUGCAGCCCCGUCAACUUUCCGCGACUUAUGAACGCUUUGCACGCGUCCGUCCAGAAUGUGCCUAUCGACCUGCUCCACGUCAACAACAGCACCGUAGACUCACUGCCAGAUGGACUAUUUUCCAAGCUGGACAUCCAGUCAUUGCACCUGGCCCGCUGUCAGCUCAAACAAGUGUCCGAUAAGGCAUUGCAGGGGCUCGAGAAAAGUCUGGCGAGUCUCAGCCUACCGGACAAUCAGCUCACCGAGGUGCCCGUCCAAGCGCUGCGGCGCCUCAGCUCGCUUCGACAGCUGGACCUGUCCAGUAACGCCAUUAAGACCGUGCCAGACAAUGCCUUCAGCAGCCUGCCACUCAACACGCUCAAGUUGGCCGACAACGAGCUGACUAUCUUGGACGAAGCUUUCGCGGGACUCGAGCCCAGCCUCAAGAAUCUCAACCUCAAGGGCACGGGCCAGGAGCGCGUGCCCCGGGCGGUGUCUAAGCUGACGUCGCUCGCCUUCCUGGACCUCGCUCAGAACAAGAUCGCCACCGUGGCACCCGAGGACCUGGGCAGCAUGCACACGCUGACGGCGCUCAACCUGGAACGGAACCGUAUCCUCAAGAUCGACAGGGAAGCGUUCAGCGGCAUCAACGACACACUCAGCUCGUUGUCGCUGCUCAACAACCUGCUCGUGGAGUUCCCGACCCAGGCGCUCUCCACGCUCACCGAGCUCAGGGUACUGGACCUGGGUUUUAACGGAAUCCGAAGCCUCCCAGACGACGCCUUCGCCAACAAUCCUUUCCUGACGCUGCUCGCCUUGGACGGAAACCCCAUGGCCACAAUCCCUUUGGAGCCAUUCAGGCAUCUCAACUCCACUCUUAGAGGAAUCAGCAUCGGAGGUCCCUAUUUGGAGUGUGACUGUCAGGUACGCUGGAUCGCAGAGUGGAUAGCAAACAAGGACCUCCAGGUGACCAGCCGAGAAAGGAACCCCCAAUACUGUGGCAAACCGGACCACCUGAAGCGUAGAACGUUCGCGCAAAUCGAGCCGUCCGAAUUUAUUUGUAACGUCACUACGACCACGCCAUCAGUGACGACCCCCCUCGCCACUCCUACGCCACUUCCACCAGCGACCGAAAAUGUCGACAGCUUCCCAGUCACAGCGACGCUAAUAGUGGACCCAACUACAACCAGCUCGACGCCAGUGCCUACAACGAGCGUCGUCAACACGACACCUGUGCAGGAGACCACAACCGACGAAGAAGUAUCCCCGUCGUCGAGCAAGUCGACGCCCGUGGCCGUCACCUUCCCUCCCGAGACCACCUACGCACCAGUACCGUCCCAGAGGUCCAGCGGCAAUAAACGCUUGCGGCCUGUGGCGUCAGCGCCACGGAGUGAGGAUCCGACGCUCAGCAGGGUUCCCGUAGAGCCCCGCAUUGUAAAUGCCCAGAGGAAAGAUUCGGCUGUCGUCAUUGAGUGGUAUGCAGAGUCCUCUCUGAGCGUCCAGGUCGUCUACCGGCUCUUCGGCGAAAGGGCCUUCCGACGCGGGCCUACACUGCGGCCCGAGCAGAGAAAGCACACUCUACAGAACCUUCCCACCAACGAGUGCCUCCUGGUGUGCGUAGUCAGCUUGCAGGACUCCCAGGACAUAUCUGUCGAGAGCGUACUUCCGUCCCAAUGCAAGGAGCUCAAGCUGGAACGGUACGUCAUCGCACACCUCGACAAGAUCAUCAUCGCCUCGUCGGCGGCUGUCUGUGGCAUUAUCAUCCUGGCAGUCAUCAUUUUCCUCUGCUGUUGGCGCAAAAAGCAGGGCCGCGACAGCAGCUCCAAAUCCCGACUCCCACCACCAACGUCCACUGUGCAUCCGACCAUAAAGACCUCGGAUCAUGAGUGGGAGACAGUGUCCAUGUACAGCAGUCGCAGCAUCCCUCGCGCGCGCAUGUACCACGUGGACAAUGUCAAUGGUUCCGUUAACCAGAGCUUCGUCAUGGACGACAACCGAUCCCACAUCUCCCACUUCUCGCAUGUACCUAACGGUUAUUCCGCCAAAGCACGCUCUACAGCCGAUGGGCAAUCACACCGAUCCUACUCGCAGAUGUCCAACAAAUAUCGAGGAGGUCUAGGCAACCCGGAAGUGCGCAAGUCGCAGCAGUCGCUGUCGGCUCUCUCGGGAAACCAUUCAUUCCUCGAUGCACACGCUGGGCCACCAGGACGACUCCUGGCCAACGGCAAGAAGCGAGGGGCGCACAACGGGCGCCUCGCCUCGGCCAGCUCAUUGCAUUCACUCAACGAGUACGAGGCAGAAUGGAAUGGUCGGACGGAAAACUGGAAAGACAACGAGGUCGAUAUUUACGUGGGUCAGAACCACGUCGCGCCCGCUCAUAGCAAGUACCACCACCGGUAAAUGGACACAACACUACCGAGGGUGGCUGCAAAGCAAAGCGCGCCUGCCCUUCUGCAGCUUGAACAAGCAUUCGCAAACUUCCUUGUGCAUGCGCGCAGUCACAGCCGCAUUAGCGACGGCGGAGUCACCGAGGCCUACGUGCGUCCACAAAGAGGUUCCACAAAUAUACUGCGGCGCUCCACACUGACUGCGUUCGACGCGGCCGCAACUUGUUGCCGGCAAAAAAAUGCUAUCAGUGAAGUGCCAAAACAAGAAAGAAUGCGCCCGUUUCGUCGAUACAGCUUUGAGGAACAGUGCACUGAGCUAAGGCUGAACUUUCAGAGCUUCUGGACAGGGGCAUCUGGCGGUGCACACUCAAAAGACUUCUGCAGAGUGUAUCCACGGGGUCGGGGGGACAUCCAUCACUGCGCAUUUUUUUAUUUUUUUUUUCUUCUUUUACCGCAAGAUAAUGAAAGAAAAGAAGAAAAAAGUUUUUUUUCUUCUCAUUUUUUUUUCCUCUCUUUUUUAUGAGUCAAAUCCAGAAAUUGAAACUAAGCCAAUUUCGGCUGAAAUAAAGGUAUUAAUCUGAAAUCGGUCAUAUUAUGGGAGAAAAAACAAUGUAAAGGUGGCCGUGGUACAGGGCUCAGAGCUAGUCCGAUAAACACACAUCCCUGGUUAUCUCAGUUUCACUUAACAUGGAUUUGGCUCAUUUCGAAAAAAAAGAAAAAGAAAUCAAGUGUUUUUGUGUUUGUACAUUAGCUUAGCAUUUCCAACAUAUACCCAAGUUUUUUUUUUUUUUUUUUUUUAGUGACAAAGUAAACAUCAACACCAGAAGUAGCUUUUGCUUAGUCCUUUGUAUUUGUAAAGAUGUGUGUCUGAUUAUGGUCAAGCAAAAACAAAGGAGGCUGGCACACUGGCUUAUUUAAAUUCGAAUGCAAUUUGAACACUUAAAUAUAUCUUUUUCCCCACGAGUCACUAGCGGCUCUCGGGUAGCCACAUUCCCUAGCUGAGAGCAUUGCAUUAAUGUGUAUAGAAUUUAGAACACUAAAAACGGUAACUUUCUAGGGAAACUAAACAAUGUCAACUUUCUAGUGAAACUAAACAGUGUCAACUUUCUAGUGAAUGAGGGUGAAAAGCUCGACUGUGCGUGAGGUUGCAAGUCCACUCUCGUCAAACACUAGCAUGACACAGAUGAGGAACUACAGCUCAGUAAAUGACUCGUUGAUGGGAUGCUAUAGAAAUCUGCUGCGAUGUCACCUGUAUCAGUGAUACCUUUGAUUUUGCUGUAUACUUAUGCCUGUACUUCACAGUUCGCACACCAAUCAAGAAGGAUCCUGGUGCUUCCCGAACAUAAGCACUUGUAUAGGAUUUCACUGAAUUGAGCUCCAGAACGGGCUUCAAGUGCGUGUUGUAUAAAACUGAAAUCUUGCAUCAGGGAUAUGGUUUAGUGAGGAUAUUCAUGACUUCAUUUCAUUGUUAUGCGCCAUUCUCAAAGCAGCAGAGGUGCAUCGGGUGUGAAAAUGAGCAACACAACACCUGAAACUCUCAGUGCAACUCUCAUGCUACGAGCUAAAAAAUACUCUUAAUUGUGAAAGCACUGUAUUUUAACAUGAACGGCUGGUUGUACAUGAAAAAAAGAAAAAGAAAGAACUUUGUGGUUUUUAAAAAAAGAAUCAAUGCUUUUCUAUAUUGUGUAUGUACAUUAAAACAAAACUUGCCAACUGUA